GUGUAUACUCACUGUUCAUUAUUCCACCACAUCAGCAUCUACGUAUGGCGUGCUCGAACUGCUCCAGGCGUACUCUGGAGCUGUUCCUUCGGGGAGCAGCUGGUAUCGACACCAGCGCAACCCUUCGCUCGUCCCUACAUCUAAACUUUCCGACCACACGACAUUUCAGCGCCGGCACUCAAUGGAUCCGCCGCGACGACUCAAUUCCCAAUCUCUCCAUACGAUCUGAUCCGAUACCUGCGCCUGCGAGGGCAGCUAAGGAGGCGGGUUCAUCAGGCAGACCGGCAAAGGCGGAGGAGCCAGUGGAAAAGGAGCCAUGGAUGAUAAACAAGGCCGCUCUGCAGAAGAAGUUCGGAGGCGAGAAGUGGAGUCCGCGCAAGAAGCUAUCGCCUGAUACUAUGGACAGUAUUCGACAUCUGCAUAAACAAGCACCAGACAAGUUCACGACGCCGGUGUUGGCUGAACAUUUCAAAAUUUCCCCAGAGGCUAUUCGACGGAUACUGAAGAGCAACUGGAGGCCUUCGGAUGAGGAGUACGAAGACAGAAUGCGGAGAUGGGAGAAACGGGGCGAGACUAUUUGGAGCAAUCUGGUGGAUCUGGGAGUCAGGCCUCCGAAGAAAUGGCGAGAUAUGGGUGUUGGCAAGGCAGAACGGGGCGAUGUGCCUAAGUGGAAGUCAAGAUGGAGAAACCAGGUCGCUGUGAGCGACAGCAUCGAUGAUAUUCCGCUAGUGGAUGAGGGACCUGGUCAUGCUGCGUGGGAAGAGCCGCGGCCAAUUGCUGAGCGAAUCAUGUAG